AUGGAUGGAGAGGAUACACAUACCAGCCUCUUAGAAAAGAAGGGCAGCCGGAACCAUCAUAGCUCUAAUACGGACGAGAAGGGGGAGGGUGCCCAUCAUGGAAGUAGCCUUGAUAUCCCUGUGGCGGCAGUGUCGAAGGAUGAGGGUAGGUCGGUGGUGGUGGUUGAAAGCCUGGCUUUGACGGAUACGGAGAUGGCUGACCUAAAUUACAAAGGAUCAAAUAAAUGUGUGGUCUUCAGCUCCAUUUCUCAAGGUCGUCUUCAAGCUCCUCUUUUGAAGAUCCUCUUCCAAGCUCGUCUUCAUCAGAGCAAUAGCGUCCAGGGCAUUGGAAACGUGGAAGAACACCCAUCUCUGCUACCAGCAUCUACCUCAAAUCUCCCAACCUCAGACAUCCCUCAAACUGGUACAAUGAACUUGCCAAAUUACAUGCACGGUUAUUAUGGACCACAGUGUUCAUGGACACCAACCUUUUUUCCAUAUGCAGAUGGCAACGAAUAUACAAGCAACAUUGAGCAGAAUGCUGGUUACCCAUUUCAAUAUGGGAUGAGACCGCCGACUCCCAUUGGCUCUACAAGCUCUGCAACGAGUGCAAGAGUUGGUGAAGAAACAACACAAAAUCGUAAGGAAACUGAAACUCCAAGUCCUUCCUCUAGAAUUGAUGAAGGAAGUAAAGAGGAUAUACCAAAUUGCCGGGAAACCAAUGAUGGCACGACUGGGUCACCACAGUCAGUGGAACCGGAUGGUGGUGAUAUAAUAGAGGAGCCAAAGUCGGGGAUGAAAUUCAAAUCAUUUGAAGAUUUACAAAGCUAUUAUAAGGAUUAUGCUAAGAAAUGUGGGUUUGGCGUGAUGACACAAAGGAGUGAGAGGGGAGAGGAUCAAAGUAUCAGAUAUGUCACCCUAGGAUGUGCCCGCGGAGGGAAAGCUCGAAAUAGGAGUUUAAAUGUCGCCAACCCACGUCCGACCGGAAAGACGGAGCGUAAGGCAAAGAUCAAUGCAUUAAAAGUCGAGGGGAAGAUGCGGUUAACAACAGUCCAUAAUACACAUAAUCAUGGCCUUAGUCCAAAGAAAUCCCUCUUCUUUCGAUGUAAUAGAGAAGUGAGUGAGACCAUAAAAAAAGUUCUUGACACAAACGACUUGGCUGGCAUCCGGAUAAAUAAGAGUUUUGGAUCUCUUGUCGUAGGUGCAGGUGGGUUCGAGAACCUUCCAUUUUUGGAAAAGGAUUGUCGCAAUUACAUCGACAAAGCACGGCAUCUACGACUUGGUGCUGGUGGUGCUGGAGCACUCCAAGAUUAUUUUUUGAGGAUGCAGUACAAGAAUAAUGGUUUCUUUGCAUUGAUGGACUUAGAUGAUGAUGGGAGGCUAAGGAACGUAUUUUGGGCAGAUCCACGUAGUAGGGCAGCGUACACGUAUUUUGGUGAUGUGGUCACAUUUGACACCACGUACCUCACAAACAGAUAUGGGAUGCCUUUUGCACCAUUUGUUGGUGUAAACCACCACGAACAGUCCAUUCUUUUGGGAGCAGGGUUGAUUUCAAGUGAGGAUACAGAGACCUUUACAUGGUUAUUCCAAACUUGGUUGAAAUGUAUGGAUGGUAUAGCUCCGAAAGCUAUCAUCACAGAUCAAGACAGAGCAAUGAAGAAUGCAAUUGCUCUUAGUAUCGAAGAGUUCGAGAAAUGUUGGGAGGGGUUAAUUAACACAUACAGUUUGCAAGAAAAUGCCUGGUUGCAAAGUUUAUACGCUGAGCGUGGGCAUUGGAUACCUGUAUUUUUGAAAGAGUUUUUUUGGGCUGGAAUGAGUACAACCCAGCGGAGCGAGAGUAUGAAUGCCUUUUUUGAUGGGUAUGUUCAUGCAAAAACAAACUUGAAGGAGUUUGUUGAUCAGUUUGACAACGCGCUGAGAAAGAAAAUUGAGAAUGAAACAAGCGCUGACUUUCACUCAUUUAGUGCCACAAUUCCCUGCAUUUCUAGAUCUCCCAUUGAGAAGAAAUUUCAAGAGUUGUACACGAACGCUAAAUUUAAGGAAGUUCAGCAGCAAGUUAUGGGUGUUAUUGAUAUGGAUCCAGCUCUAUAUAAAAGGGAUGGAUCCAUAAAAACCUAUCUUGUAGAGGAUGAAAUUCAUGUUGAGGAGUUCGCUAAACCGGUCACUUUUUCUGUGGAGUUUAAUGAGGAAAGCUGUGAUGCAAAGUGCUCAUGUGGGUUAUUUCAGAUGAGGGGGAUACUGUGUCGGCAUAUUCUGGCAAUAUUCAAAUCUAACCAAGUAAAAUCAGUGCCAAGUAAAUACAUUUUAGAUCGAUGGAGGAAGGAUAUUAGAAGACAAUACACAUUGAUCCGUAGCAGCUAUGAUGUAGAGGAUCAGAGACCAGAUACGAACAGAUAUUCAGGUCUAUUGAAUGUAUGUUAUAAGAUGAUAACUCUUGCAGCGGGUUCCAUUGAGCACACCACGGAUGCAUAUCAAAAGUUACAUGCAAUGAUUGAAUUAUAUCUUCAGAACCAACAACCCCCAUCUAUAACUGUGACGGGUUCAAAUGUUGCCUUACAUUCAGUUGAGACGACUACAAAUGGUAAUGAAAAACGGGUUCUAAUUCCACUUGUUGUAAGAGGGAAAGGCGGACCUCCGUCUCUGAGGAAAGCAUCGACAUUGGAGAAGCGAGUGUUGAAAGUUAAAGCGAAGAAACAGAAAGCACCUAGCAAGGGGAAAAGUAAACAGCUUUCAAGAGAAGACACACGCAGAAAUUUAUUUGGCACAUCAGAGACCCCCAUCUCCACUGACAGACAUGUUAGCCAGGAUCAGGUUGUGGCAGACAGCACAUAA